AUGUCUAAACCUAUCUUUCGGGAAUACAUUGGUGUGAAGCCACACUCAACAACUUUGGAUGAUUUUCCACCUGAAAUCAUCAAAACAGAUACCUUGGAAUUCCACUUCAUUUUGGGCUUUGCCACUGAAAAGUAUUACCUAAGCGGAAAAGGUUCGGGAAAUUUCGAGGAAUCUUGGAGGGAUGAGUUCUUCGGUCCAGAUAAAGUGAAAAUUUUGAAAAUAAAACAUCCAGAGGUAAAGGUGGUAAUAAGCAUUGGAGGUCGUGGCCUUGAAACUCCAUUCGAUCCAGCUGAGCACUAUGUAUGGGUUUCGAACGCUGUAAAAUCACUCAAACUGAUCAUUCAAAAAUACAAAAAUGAAAGCGGAAACAUGAUCGAUGGCAUUGACAUUAAUUAUGAGCACAUCAAAUGGGAUGAGCUGUUUGUUAACUGCAUAAGCCAAGUUAUAACAGAGCUCAAGAAUGAUGAUGACCUAAAUAUCCAGGUGGUGUCCAUUGCUCCAUCCGAAAACAACGCAUCCUCCUACCUGAAAUUGUAUAAUGCAAACCCAGACGAUAUCAAUUUGGUUGAUUAUCAGUUCAGCAAUCAACUAAAUCCUGUAUCCACAGAAGAUGCUUUUGUAGACAUCUAUAAAAGUUUAGUAAAAGACUACAAUCCUCAUAAAGUCCUUCCGGGAUUUAGCACCGACCCCCUUGACACUAAGCGUACUAAAAUUACACGAGAUACAUUCAUUGGUGGCUGCAAAAAAAUUAUAUCCUCUUUCCAAUUGAAACUACCUGGUGUUUUUUUCUGGAACGCUAAUGACUCCGCGAUUCCCCAAAGCGAUGAUGAGGACGAACCUUACAUCCUAGAGCAUAUCUUACAAGACAUCCUAACCAAAUCAGGUGAGGAGUUACUAGCUAUAUCUAGCCAGUCAUAA